ACACCUAAGUUCAAACUAAAAAAAAAAAAAAACAAUGGAUUUCAGAUUACAGAUCUGUUUAUGUUCUCCUUCUUCAUCACGAACGACGAACGCCACACGCCGCACGCCGCGAACGUCUUCCUCAACCUGUCGUCGGUGGGUUGGAGAUUCAAUGAAUGCUUCGCUUCCGUGAUUACUGGCUAGAUCUGCUUCAUCUUCUCCCCAUUUCUGGUAGCUGCCGAACCCUUCUGCUUUGGUGAUUACCGGUGAUGAAGGUGGAGGCUGUGAUGAUGAUGAGAUGCUCAGCAAGGGGAUGGUGAAGAUUCGAGGUGAAAGAACGGAGGUGAUGGUGGAUCUGCAGAAGGGAGAAAAAUCAAGUUUUUUUUUUUUU